GGGGAUACGGGGUUCUGUGGGGCUUUAUGAGGGGUAUCUGGAGUUCUGCAUUCCCAUUAUGGGGUUCUGUGGGGGCCCUGCGAGCCCCGAGAGGAGGGAACGGGACGGGAACGGAGCUUCCGGCCGCGCUCGUCAGGGCCAUCUUGGAACAAAAAAUGGCGGCAGCGCAGGCGCGGUGCGGCCGUUACCACGGCAACGCGGACGCCAUGAGGGGUGAGGUGCCGUACUCAGGCUAGCACCUCACCAAGAUGGCCGCCCCGUAGUGCCGUACGUCAAAAUGGCGUCUCACUAAUUUGGCCUGUCCCGGCGCCCGUACUCAAGAUGGCGCCUAUCAAGUGGCAUCAGUGCACCCCCCCCCCGUGCCCGCCCCUGUCUCCCCUCUCCCCAUGGCGGCGCAGAGCCGCGCUCCCCCCCAGCCGCCUCCCUCCCCUCUCCUCACGGCUCCUGCUCCCGCACCUCUCUCUGCACCUCCUCCAUGGCCGCCCUAUGGCGGCGGGCGGGGCGGGGAGGGGCGGGAGGGGGCAGGAGGAGGAAGGGAACCGAGUGGUUCCGGGAGGAGCCGACACCUCCCAUUGCCCCCCCCGCCGGGCACGGCUCAGCCCGGAUCGGCACGGCACGGCUCGGCUCGGCCCAGGGUAGAACCGGGGCACCGAGGGGGUCUGGGGCAGGCCGGCAGCCGGAGGGGAGCAGUCGCGGGGGGGCGGCGCUGCUGUCCCGGCCUGCAGCGGGGACCGUGUCCCCCUUCCCAUCCCUCCUGCCGGAGGCACUCGUGUUCCCCGCGGCCGCUCCGGGUCACGGUCUCCACGGCAACAGCUGCUGCCGCUGCUCCGGGUCACGGUCUCCACGGCAACAGCUGCUGCCGCCGCUCCGGGUCACGGUCUCCACGGCAACAGCUGCUGCCGCCGCUGCUGCACGGACUCGGCAUCCACCUCCUGCACGGCGCCACCACCGUGGUCUUUGGGAGCAGCGUGCAGCCAUGUGCACACUGUGUGUGCCAGAACAGACCCUUUCAAGAGCUCCAGAAGACUUUUUUAGCCUCUUUCUUUCAUCUGCAAGACCAAAAAGGAAAGAGAGGUUUCUGCAACUGGGAAGCAGGAGAAGAGAGCGGAGGUCCCCGGUUUCCUCUUGACAUUUGGGUACUGCCAGCAGAGUUUGCAGCCCUUGGUGUUGUCUUUGUUGAAUUAGGACCUGCACUGCUGAGGAGAAGGCAAGGCCUGGAGGGAGAACCAGGAACAGUGACAAGACUUCACCUGUACCGUAGCUGAUGGUGGGCUCACAGACCAGAACACACACAGCCUAUUGCACAGAUCGGCUUUCCUGGCAGCCCCGGGCAGCACUUGCAGGGACAGAGGUAUGGGACGCCUAAAAAUAGUUACUGAAAGAGACUAAAAGACAAGGACAGCUGGAAAAAACAU